AUGAGCACCGAAAACGAGCCCACGAUCAGCGUGCAGUCUGGCUUCUCCGAAGCCGUCGCCACCCUUCGCCUAGAGAGAUCCCUUGCGGACCUGGCGCAGAAGAUCUUCGACUGCUGUCAGGCUGCCAUCAGCGAUUCUUGUUCCCAAGUUGGGGGACAGAGCUCCCAGGAGGAGGACACCAAGCGCCUUUGGUACGCCAGCAUCCUGUUCAUAGCCAAAAGCCUCAGGAGAGAUGCAGCAGGCGGCCCAGGCGAUGCGCCCGGGAUCACCCUCACUAAGAUACUGGACAGCUUUGGUAUCAGCCUCGCCGACUUCCUCAAGGAGCUACCGGUGGUCGUUAAGAAAGCGGAGCCCAGCCUCUCCAAGCUGCUGGGCCCAAUCUCCCCUAUGGAGCGGCGCCUCAGAUUGCGCGAGCUACAGACCAGCUUUGUCUACACCACCGUUCUCGCAAAGAAGUGCAGGGAUCUCUUCCAGCAGUACUUCAAGCUGCCUACCAGCGGCUGCUACAGCGAGCCCUCGGUGUUCCACCUCGUCUGGCAGCUCUUCAUAGUGGCCAAGGCCAAACUAUUCCCCCCCUUCCCAGACCUGGUUGCCUCCUUCAACCUGCUCAUCUGCGUCCUGGCGUUUGCCUUCUGCCACGUGCCAGCCGAGCAGCGCUCCGUGCAACUCACAGACACCGAGAGGCUGCCCAGACGCACAGAGCAGGGCUCAGUCGAUGUCCUAGAGUCGUUGGGCCUGGUGAAUAAGGCAAACAUCAAAGAGCUGAAGCCACUGAUGGCUCGGCUGGACACUGUGCUGCGCAGCCUUCUUGCCGACUUUGCCAGUGACAAAGCAGAAGGAGAGGAGAAUGUGAGCCAUCCCGAGGCAGACAAUCUGGUCCUUGUGUCCAAGUUCUUCCCUGGAGUGCUCAGCAGCAGGGAGAGCCUGGCACGAGCGCAGGACGAACUGAACCGCACCUAUGAGCAGGCAAGCACAGAAGAGAUCUCUUCGAUGUACAGCAGCAUUAGCGAGAUCGACGAGCGGCCCUUCGUGGACGGCCGGCAGCCGAGGGAUGUGCCUGACAUCGCCAGGGGCGCGGCCACGCCCCCCUCCAUGACCAAGUGCCAAGUGGGCACGCCCGUCAGAAACAGAAGUCUCGGGGGCGGCGUACCGGGCACGCCGGUGCGGCUGCUGCCGUCGCCGCUGCGGCCGGCGAACCAGCACAUGCUGCAGACGCCCUCGCCAGUGCGCCUGGGGGCCUCCAGCUUCUUCGCCACCCCUGGUGUAUACCCGGGGACCCCCGUCACCGAAGCCAUGGCAGCCGCCAGCUGGCUCCAGGACCUCACUGCGCGCAGCCCAUCCGAGCUGACGCCGGAGGUUAAGCAGUUCUUUGAGACGGCGGGGCCGGAGGUCGGCGCGGCGGUGGCCGCGCGCGUGGCGCAGAUGGCGGAUGCAGUGUUCCCUCCGCAGCCAGACCAGGACACCGUGACCCUUGGCGUCCUCAACGGCGCACACGUGUCCCCCAGGGGAGCUGAGGGGGUGAAGCUGUACUUCCGGGUGCUGGAGGGGAUGCUGAAGGCGGAGCAGGACCGCACGGGUCGCACUAACUUCACCUCGCUGCUGGCCUCCACGCAAUUCAACAAGUGCCUGGCCGGCUGCGCCUUCGAGGUUGUCAUAGCCUCCUACAGAAUGGUGACGCACGCAUUCCCGGCGGUGCUGGAGCGGCUGCAGCUGUCGGCCUUCGACAUGUCCAAGCUGGUGGGCACAUUUGUGCGGCACAUAUCCCCGGCCGACCAGGUGCCGCGCGAGCUUAAGCGCCACCUAUUCUCCAUCGAGGAGAAGAUUCUGGAGCAGCAGGCCUGGGAGCGGGGCUCCUCCCUCUACCCGCUCCUUACCUCCGCCUGCUCCGCGCCCCCCGCCGACUCCGAGUCCCCCCGCCUCGAGGCCGACGCCGUCAUGGACGAGUCGCCGCCCGUCACCUCCCGCAAGGGCGGCAGCGCGCACAGCACGCCGACAAAGAGGCGAGCGGAGGCGGCUGCAGACGGCAGCACACCGACCAAGGCAGCCAAGCCGGCCGACGGCGCCGGCGGCCCAGCGCGCGCUGCGGCAGAGGCCGGGCCGCCGCCGGCUGCCGCCGAGCCGUGCUCGCCGUCGCGGCCGGACGUCUCGGCUGAGGUGGCUGAGGCGGCCGCGGCGCUCGUGUCGGCGUCGUCCGGCGGCCUGCAGUCCCCCCGAGGGGAGCCGUUCAAGGGGCUGCUGUCCCCGCGCCGCAAGAGCGACACCUCAGCCUUCUCCUCUUUCAUGUCCCCGCUCCGGAAGCCAGCCGCGGAGCUGCUGGGCGUGCCAGGGAUGCUGCCGGCGGCGUUUGGGCGGCCGGGCGAGGGGCUGGAGCGGCCGGGACGCGCGGUGGUGUCCGACUUUCUGAACAAGGUGCUCAAGCUGGCCGCGCUGCGCAUCAAUGACAUCUGCGACCGCCUCGAUUUCGAGCCCCUGGACCGCAGCCAGAUCGUCAGUCAGGUGUUCACGAUGGUGUCACAUGUGGUGACUGACCACACGGGGCUGCUGUAUGGGCGCCACCUGGACCAGGUGAUCCUGUGCGCGCUCUACGGCGUGUGCAAGGUCAACCAGCUGAAGAACAUCACCUUCAAGGACAUCAUCACGCACUACAAGAAGCAGGCCCAGGCAAAAAAUUCCAUCUUCCGUACCGUCUCCAUUCAGCUGACGCCAGACCUCCAGGUGGUGAAGACGGGGGACGUGAUAGAAUUCUACAACGCGGUCUUCAUCCCGGCCACAAAAUCCUUCCUGCUGCAGCUCGGCAACAAGACGGCACCCCUCGCCACGCUGCCGACGCUGUCCGUGCCAGCAACGCCCCUGCGCCUGGGCACCCCCCUGGGCCCGCGCAGCUUCUCAACGCCCCCCGCCCACGACCGCCUCGGCGCUCCCGGCGCCUUUCUGGGGGGCGCGUCCCCCGCCCUCCUGGGCACCCCGGGCGGCAAAGUGCUCGUGUCCCCCAUGCGCCAGUCCCCCAGCCAGCAGGUGUUCUUGGGGUCCCGUUCGCACUCGCUGUUCAGCGCGCGCAUGGGCGAGAGCACGGCGGCGUACCAGUCGCCCUCCAAGGACCUCUCCUUCAUCAACUGCCGCCUGCAGCAGCGCCACCCCUUCCGCGCCGGCCCCCCCGACGCCGACGGCGCCGGCCCCGCCAUCGUCCUGCAGACCCUCGAUCCCAACUCGGCUGUGGGGCACACGCCGGUGGUGCAGCCGCUGCCGUUCGCGAACGGCGGCGGUCCCUCGUCGGAGCGCUCGACGGGCUCCCACAACACGAUCGAGUACCCCUCCGGGUCUCUGGGCUCUCGCCACUCCAGCGACCCCAGCGGCUCCCCGGCCGGCCGCGCCGCAAGAAACGGCCGCGGCGCCGCCAACAGCCGCCUCCUCAACCUCGCCGUCGCCGCUGAGCAAGGCAGGCUUGCAAAUGGGGGUUCCAUCAGCAGCGAGGUGAGCGGCGGCGGCCGGCCGGUCCCGGCCGCGGCAGUCGCCGUCAGCGGCUCCUCCCAGGAUUCUUAG